UGCAGUACUCAGCAUCAAAUACUCUAGAUGCAAAUCAUAAUAUUGUAUAUUUAACUCGAUAAUUCUGUAAUUGUACAAAGAAAUUGUGAAAAUGAGUGUUCAAAUGAAAUAAGUUAAUCCUCAUCCUAUCGUGUGGGUUGUGAGGUGGAAUACCAGCCUCAGCAACCGUGGUGUCAGGGUUAUUAUUGAGCCGCCAACGGCCCAAUAGGUUAAUAUUACUUAUUAUUGAACUAACAUUAACUUUAUUAACGAUGGAUGUAUUGAAAGACUCAUCACCACGUAAAUGUAGUUUUGAGGAGGCAUUAGAUGUAACAGGUUUCGGAAAAUAUAAUAUGGCCAUGCUGAUAUCCUGCUGUCUGAUCAUCCUGGCGAUGUACCUUGAUAUAUUUGCACUGUCGGUGGUCUUGCCGGCAGCAGCAUGUGACUUCGGACUGACGACCAGUCAGCAGGGUGCUAUGUCUGCAAUGCCUUUGAUGGGUGUUAUGGUAUCAUCAUACGCAUGGGGACUUUGUGUGGAUACAAUAGGUCGAAGGAAGACACUAUUAAUAGCCAUGCCAAUUGGAAUACUACUAAAUAUAGCCACGAGUGUCGCUUCCAGUUUUGCUUAUUUGGCAACAUUGAAGUUUUUAUCCGCUACUUUUACAUCAUCAGCGAACGCAGCAGCAUUCGUGCUGUUGGGUGAGAGCGCGUCGAGACGUUACCGUAGUCGCUGCAUGUUCCUCAUGGCGAGUGCUACCAUGUGCAGCCAACUGAUAAUUUGCGCGAUCGCUCUCCCAGUCUUCAGCGCCAGGUUUUCGAUACCGAUAUCCUGGUUGAACAUGGAGUACCGACCUUGGCAUCUUCUGUUGCUGAUGAUCAGCUUGCCAGGAGUCUUUGGAGUAGUAGGUAUAGCGGUGUUAUGUGAAAGUCCAAAGUUUCUUCUGAGCAAAGGACAAGAGAAGAACGCUUUAAAAGCAUUAAAAUGUAUUUACAUAUGGAAUACCAGGUCAAAGGGUGAUUUCCCUGUCACAGCACUGUAUCUAGAUGAUACUGUAGCAUCUACGGACACAAAACAAAACGAUAAAGUUUCGUUUAUUCGAAAGAUGUGGGAUCAAACAGCUCCUCUAUUCAAGCCUCCUCUACUCAAAAAUUCUGCUGUUGUUUACUAUUUGCUUCUGUGUGCUUAUAUGACGUCGACUGGUUUUACGAUGUGGAUACCUACCAUAGCAAACGCAUAUUUCAGCAGUAACGACAGUUCAGGGAAAACUUUUUGCGAAGUUGCGAGCACUGCCGCCAGACCCAAACACAAUGCAAGUGUCGACUGCAACAAUGUGAUUCCUUCCUUAACGCUUUAUGCCGUUAUGGUCUACUCCGGAGGAGCCGCCGGAGCAAAUGUCCUUCUCUCGUUUAUCGUUAAACCCUUUGGAAAGAAAAGGACGACGCUAUUGACCUUCUUCAUCUCGACAGUUUGCGGCAUUUUGUUGUUCUUCGUGAAGAUACCACUCUUGAGCAUCGCGUUGUUUUAUGCGUUUUUGUACGUGGCGGUCAUUUUGGGAAAUGCCAAUACAUACUUAGUGGAGCUGAAUCCUACUUAUUUAAGAGGUAUGGCAACUUGCUUGUCGGUGAUAGUGGCGCGAGGAUUUGGCUUCAUGAGCGUUCAGCUGAUCGCUACGGUCCUCGCUGAUCACUGUACUCUUAUGCUGGUUGGAUAUGUCGCAUUGGUUUUCUCUGGAUUUCUAGCGGCCAUGUUUUUACCCUCAGAUUGUAAAAUGGAUGACAGCAGCAAUGUAAACCUAAGUCCUAAAUAAAUAUUAACUAUCA